CAUGAAGUCCAAGGCCGAUUCGGGGUUUACGAUUACAGGAACCGAACUUGAACAAUGAAACAAAGUUACGCUGUCGUAAGGUGACCCAGACCUCGCGAACGCAAACCUGGGAGAUGCGCGAAAAGCCUUGCUUCCAGGCGCUGGUGCUAUGGGUGACAACGAGGGUUGCGGGAUGGCGCCGACUGCUUCGGCAGAGAGAGUCGUUUGCUUGUAUUGUAGUAAGCCACCUGGGAACUUGGCUAUGUGAAAUCGAAAGAGUGGUCGAUAAAAGUUGGUGUGUGAUUUGUCAGAGAGACGGUUAUGGCAAAAUCACCAGAGAGAGGUCGUGGUCUAGGCCGAGUCAGGUCGGACGCCGGGGAUUGAUGACAGAAUGUGGCCGUAAAGUCUGGGGUCGUGGACUUUGCUUGUAUUCGCAAUGGAGCGAGGGCGAAAUGAUGGAAGCGCUGACCAGGACGACGAAUGAAGAAAGGCGCUGUGGUCAAGAGAUCGGAUUGCUAGGCAGGCAGCACGGAUAGAUUACUCAGGUUUUGCUCAUGCCACAUGGCGCACACGCAUCAGCAGCAGCAUCAACAUCAGCAUCAGAUCGUACGGUGAGAAAUCAGGUC